GAGAUUCCAACUCUGAGAAGUUGGGGGUGGUGUGUGGUGUGUGUUGGAUCAGGCCUGUGAUUGGACUGCAGAGUCUGCUAGAGAGGAAGAAAGCAAAAGGAAAAAGGAAAAAGCUGGGGAGAGGGGAAAAGCCCUCCCUACCCCGAAACCAGUGCACACUCCCCCAGGCCUGGAAUAGGGUGCAGCCACUAGUCUCCGGGAGGCCAGUGUGUGUCAAUGGUGAUGCCCACAGAUGGACCCAGGGAGCUCUCUACCCCAAGUUGGCCUGCAAGCCCUCCAGGGACCGGCUUGCCAACAGCUGGACUUGAUCACCAGCUUGCAAAGUGAGAUCACGCCUCUGGUAGAAUAACAAGCGAACUCCGCUCUCAGGCUCUUUUUGGAGGAUUUGUCACAGCAGUGGCUAGAAAGCAGGAGACCACCACCUGGACCCUUGAGUCUUCUUCAAGAAGCACAGCCUAGGAGAUUCCACCCUGAGUGGUUUGCAAGAUGAUGCUGGCCCUUCAGCGAGCUUCUGCUUUCCUGGUUCUGUUCCUUGCGGCUUUUCUGCCCCCGCCACAGUGUGCCCAGGACCCAGGCAUGGUGCACUACAUCUACCAGCGCUUUCGAGUCUUGGAGGAAGGACUGGAAAAAUGUACCCAAGCAACGAGGGCAUACAUUCAAGACUUCCAAGAGUUCUCCAAGAAUGUAUCUGCUCUGCUGGGAAAGUGUCAGACCUACAGAAGUGAGUGUAAGAGUGCAGUGCAUAACCUGGGACUGAGAGUCGAGCGUGCCCAGCGGGAGAUUGACUACCUAGAGUACCUGCGGGAAACUGAUGUGUGCCCGGAGUCAGAGGACAAGACGCUGGCAGAAGAGCUAGUCCAAGAAGCUGAAGACGAGAAAACAAUCCGGACUCUCCUGAAUGCAAGCUGUGACAACAUGCUGAUGGGCAUAAAGUCUUUGAAAAUAGUGAAGAAGACUACGGACACACAUGGCUCCUGGAUGAAAGAUGCUGUCAGCGACUCUCCAAAGGUUUACUUCUUCAUUGGGUCCAGAAGCAACACUGUUUGGGAAUUUGCAAACAUGCGGGCAUUCGUGGAGGAUGGCACCAAGCCAGGCCCCCGGAAGCUAAUCCUAACACGUUCCUGGCAGGGAACAGGCCAAGUGAUCUACAAGGGUUUUCUAUUUUUUCACAACCGAGGGACUCCCAACGAGAUAAUCAAAUAUAAUCUGCAGAAGAGGACUGUGGAAGAUCGAAUGUUGCUCCCAGGAGGGGCAGGCCGAGCGCUGGUCUACCAGCACUCUCCCUCAACUUACAUUGACCUGGCUGUGGAUGAGCAUGGGCUCUGGGCCAUCCACUCAGGGCCAGGCAUCCAAAGCCAUUUGGUUCUCACAAAAAUUGAGCCUGGCACACUGGGAGUGGAACAUUCAUGGGACACUCCAUGCAGAAGCCAGGAUGCUGAAGCCUCAUUCCUCUUGUGUGGGGUUCUCUAUGUGGUCUAUAGUUCUGGUGGUCACGGCCCCCAUCGCAUCAACUGUGUCUAUGAUCCGCUAGGCACUAUCAGUGACAACGAUCUGCCCAACUUGUUCUUCCCCAGGCGGCCAAGAAGUCACUCCAUGAUCCAUUACAACCCCAGAGAUAAGCAGCUCUAUGCCUGGAAUGAUGGAAACCAGAUCAUUUACAAACUCCAGACAAAGAGAAAGCAGCCUCCGGAGUAAUGCCCUACAGCCGAGAUGGAGAGCACCAUGGCUAUGGAUGCUGCUUUCCAGGACGAUGAGGCCACAGCCCUUUUGCAAUAUAGUAUCCCUCCAGUCACAUACAGGGAUAGGGUCCAGAAGUGGGAAUGCAUAUGCCUCCUUUCCCAGAUGUUAUUGGCCUUAGGGAUCUUCCAAGAGCUUAGAUGAGAGUCUGUCAUUCAGAAAUUUUUCAACAGCUUCCAUUAGCCAUCCAAACCUUCUGGCUCUCAAGGCCUUCCACAUUCUGAUCCUGCUUACGUCCAGCCUUUUCUUUUACAAGCAUUUACUCUAACUCCCCCCGCCUCAGCAAUUAGUAAUAUAGACCACCCACUAAUACUCCUGGCUUUUGUCUCCUCUGGCCUUUUUGCUGAAGC